CUUUGCUCUUAGCCACCCAGCGAACACCGCCGAUACCGCCGCCAUGUCCGUGACGGUGCUCAUUAAUGGCUAUGGCAUACUCCAGGACCCGCACAACCGCUUCCCAGACAUCUUUGUGUUCGUGUUGACUGUGGCUCAGCAGCAGAAUGUCGCGACGACGUCGUCAUGGACAGUGUACCGACGCCUCGAGAUGUUUGAGCAGCUGAGUUUGAGCAUUGCGUCGGAGUUUCGUCACUUGAACCUCCCGCCGUGCCCACUUGUGGCUACCGCAAACGUGUCUAACAUGCAGGUCAUCGAACGAUGCCGCGACGAGUUGUCGCGGUGGUUGGCGCAACUGCUGAGUUACCCCUACGUGAACUCGCUCAUGCAGUCGCGCAGUUUCGUCGACUUCAUCUCGGCCGAAGCCAACACGAUCCCGGCAGGGCUCAUGUUGUCGCAGCACUUUUUCCCACAAGCCAUGCAUCACUCGUCAUCACUCAAUCUCCCGAUUCCAGCCAGCCAAGCCAACAUCGGGGAAAUGGACAUGGACUUUAUGUUUUCCGCCGACGACGAAGCUUCCGGCGCGAAGGACGACGAUAUCUUUCACUAUGACGCGAACGGUCCCCCGAUGACGCCCGUCGCGACUUCAGGGGCGGCGGCGCCGUCCGCCGCCGAUGGCAAGGUCACAUUGGACGACUUUCAUUUGGUCCGUGUGAUUGGGAAGGGCUCGUUUGGCAAAGUUAUUUUGGUGCGCAAGAAAGACAGCGGUAUCGUGUACGCGAUGAAGGUGCUGCGCAAGGAGAACAUUAUCAAACGCAACCAAGUGGAGCAUACUCGGACCGAGCGCCACGUGCUGGGCUACGUGCGCCAUCCGUUUAUCGUGGGCCUGAACUACGCUUUCCAAACCGUGGACAAGCUCUACUUUGUGCUCGACUACUGCGCCGGUGGCGAACUCUUUUUUCAUCUGGGCAAAGUCCAGCGCUUCAAAGAGCCCCGCGCCCGGUUUUACGCGGCCGAAAUCACCCUCGCCAUCGAAUACGUACACAACUUGGACAUCAUUUACCGUGACUUGAAGCCGGAGAACGUGCUGUUGGACGAAAAUGGCCACAUUCGCUUGACGGACUUUGGGCUGUCAAAGGAAGGCAUCCAGGACGACUUUUCCGGCGCGAAUUCAUUUUGCGGGACACCCGAAUACUUGGCCCCCGAGAUUCUCAAUCGAUCGGGGCAUGGCCGCGCCGUCGACUGGUGGUCCCUCGGCGCAUUGUUGUACGAAAUGCUGACUGGGCUGCCGCCGUUUUACUGCCGGGACCGGGACAAGCUGUUUGAGAAAAUUCGCCAAGGCGAGCUCACAUUUCCCAAGUACCUUAGCCCGGCAGCUGUGGACCUCUUGAGCAAAUUGCUCGAGCGGGACCCAACCAAACGCCUUGGGACUGGUCCCACGGAUGCAGGCGAGAUCAAGUCGCACCCGUUUUUCAACGAGAUUCAGUGGGAGCAACUGGCGCUUGGCCAAGUGCCGCCGCCGUGGCGUCCGUCCUUCAACGACGCGCUGGACACGUCCCAGUUUGACAAAGAGUUCACGGACAUGCCGAUCUUUAGCCCUGACACGCGCGGCGGGGGCAUGAUGGGCACCAGUGUCGGGCGCCGGCACAUGUAUCGAGACACGGAAGGGCUGUUUCAAGGGUUCACGUACUCGGAGGAAGAAUCGUUUAUGGAGCAAGCCAACCCGUCGGCUCGAAAGGGCCACCGCAUGAUGCCCCCGAGCCAGUUUUAGAAUGUACCAACAACCAAAGCUAACAAAGAAACCGAGAAGUCAA